UACCCCACUGAUCCGACGGACUCCAUCUCCUCUCGACACACACCCAAACUGAGCUCCCCAGAAUCCCUCCCGCUCCGGCGACUCUUUCGCACCAAAUCCCGAAUUUACCCCUCGCCUGCUUCCUUAAUCAGGCGGAGAUUCGGCCCUAGUUUGGUCGUUUCAUGGCGGAUUCCGACAACGAGUCGGGAGGAGGGGGACACGGCGGAGAGCUGUCGUCGCGUGAGCAGGACAGGUUUCUACCGAUAGCGAACGUGAGCCGGAUAAUGAAGAAGGCGCUGCCGGCGAACGCGAAGAUCUCGAAGGACGCGAAGGAGACGGUCCAGGAGUGCGUGUCGGAGUUCAUAAGCUUCAUCACCGGCGAGGCAUCCGACAAGUGCCAGCGCGAGAAGCGGAAGACAAUCAACGGCGAUGAUCUUCUGUGGGCCAUGACCACCUUGGGAUUCGAGGAGUACGUUGAGCCGCUUAAGAUUUAUCUUCAGAAGUAUAGGGAGAUGGAGGGCGAUAAGAGCUCCAUCGGAAGACCCGGCGAGAAGGACGGCGGCGGCGGCGGCAGCGGAGGGUCGGAUGGUGGCGGCGCCGGAGGUGGUGGUGGGUAUAAUGGGGUUGGAGGGAUGUAUGGAGGGGUGAUGAUGAUGGGGCAGCAGCAUAGUAGUGUUCACCAUCAUCACCAUCAUCAGGGACAGGUGUACGGCUCUGGAGGAGGGUUUCAUCAUCUAAGCGGCGGCGGUGCGUCCGGAGUGUCCGGCGUCGGCGCUGUGAAGUUAAGGUAGGUGGGUCGAUGGUGGACCACGUCUUGGUAAUGAUGAUAAUUUGACUUUUUUUUUUUUUAGGGGUUAAUUUUGUUUAUUUGAUAUUAUUAUCGGACUUUAGUAAAGUUUGGAGGUGGUGUUGAAUUUAUUUUUAUUUUAUUUUU